ACACACACGUCCAUCAUAUUCCCAUCGUAGUCAUAAUCAUAGCUUCCUCCAACACAUACAUACAUACACAUACAUGUUUGUAUGUGUGCAUAUAUCCUCCAUUUCCUUCUUUCAAGUUUUGGCUCCCAGAUUCAGAGGUGGUGAGUUUCAGAAAUCAUCAUAUACAUCUUGCUUCCUUGCUGGCAUUCUUGCCUUACUUAGAAACACUCAAAAUCUCAGAGGAGAGGAGAGGAAGAUCCAAGUGGAAAAAUGAUUGAGGAAUUCAUCACCACCACUUUACUACUUGUUCUCGGAUAUGCAUAUCCGGCCUUUCAAUGCUUCAAGACCGUUGAUAAGAACAGGGUCGACAUUUCUGAGCUCAGAUUUUGGUGUCAGUAUUGGAUAGUUGUAGCAGUUAUAACAGUUCUUGAGAAAAUUGGAGACGUGUUCAUUGCUUGGUUGCCAAUGUAUGGAGAGUUGAAGUUGGCACUCUUCAUUUUUUUGUGGUUUCCAGAGACCAGGGGAACAGGAUACAUAUAUGAAAAGUUGCUGCAACCAUAUAUGUCGAGGCAUGAGAGUGACAUAGAUAGAAGCUUAAUAGAGCUGAGAGAGAAAGCAUGGAACUUGACAGUCUACUACUGGAACAAUUGCACUGAGCUUGGUUCAACUAAGAUCUUGGAUUUCCUGCAUUUUGUAGGUUCUCACACAUCAACAACAACAACAGCUUCACACCCAAUUACUAACUCUCAGGAUGAUCCCAUGAACCAUCAACCAGCGGAUGAAGCUCCUCCAGCAUCGCCUCAGACUCAGAGCCCCACUGUACCUUCCUCCUCCUCCUCAGGCAUGUUCGGGAGGAGUGAACCGGACAGGCGACGACCACCAGCACCCUUUGCUCGUUACCGCAACCAAACACCUAAAGUGGAGUCCCUCAAAGUUGAGCUGCUGCUUCCAAAACAAAAGGUGUAUGUUCGACCUGAGGAUGUGCUCAUUCAAGAUUAUUCCAAAUAGAUGUGUGCUUACUUGGUGUAUAUAACAGAAUUUUGCAAGGAAAAAACACAAAAUGGAAGACACCACACCACUGUAGAAUAUAUGAUCCUGAAUCAGAUUUUUUAAUUCCACUCAUCUUAUAUGCAUGGUUUCUUCAUCAACAUUUUGAGCUGUUUAAGCACUCUGAUAAGAAGGGCACCUGCAGCAGCCAAAAAAUGCAUAAGACAUUCCUUAUAAAAAAAAUUGUUAU